UCUGACUUUGUUGUUCACACCGGAGAGAUACGGGACUAUCGUGGAUCCUCUGGGGAGCCUCAACAACAACAUGAGGCUGAAGAGGCAGAGAAGAGUCUCUCCACAUCAGAACACCUCAAGAAACACCAGUGGAGACCCACAGGGAAGAAAUUUCACCACUGCUCUGACUGUGGGAAGAGAUUCACCUCAUCAGUAAAACUUAAAAUACAUCAAAGACAUCACACACGAGAGAAACCUUAUAGCUGUGCUCAAUGUGGGAAGAGUUUUUCUUCUUCUGGCAAUCUAACUAUACACCAUAGAACACACACAGGAGAGAAACAAUAUAGCUGUGAUCAAUGUGGGAAGAGUUAUAGUCGAUCUGGCUAUCUAACUAUACACAAUAGAACACACACAGGAGAGAAACCUUAUAGCUGUGGUCAAUGUGGGAAGAGUUUUAGUCGAUCUGGCUAUCUAACUAUACACCAUAGAACACACACAGGAGAGAAACCUUAUAGCUGUGGUCAAUGUGGGAAGAGUUUUUAUACUUCUAGAAAUCUAACUAUACACCAUAGAACACACACAGGAGAGAAUCCAUAUAGCUGUGAUCAAUGUGGGAAGAGUUUUAGUCGAUCUGGCUAUCUAACUAUACACCAUAGAACACACACAGGAGAGAAACCUUAUAGCUGUGGUCAAUGUGGGAAGAGUUUUUCUUCUUCUGGCAAUCUAACUAUACACCAUAGAACACACACAGGAGAGAAACGAUAUAGCUGUGAUCAAUGUGGGAAGAGUUUUAGUCGAUCUGGCUAUCUAACUAUACACCAUAGAACACACACAGGAGAGAAACCAUAUAGCUGUGAUCAAUGUGGGAAGAGUUUUAGUCAAUCUGGCCAUCUGACAGUUCACCAGAGAACACACACAGGAGAGAAAACGUAUAGCUGUGGUCAAUUUGGGAAGAGUUUUUCUUCUUCUGGCUAUCUAACUAUACACCAGAGAACACACACAGGAGAGAAAUCUUAUAGCUGUGGUCAAUGUGGGAAGAGUUUUAGUCAAUCUGGAGAUCUGACAGUGCACCAGAGAACACACACAGGAGAGAAAACGUAUAGCUGUGGUCAAUUUGGGAAGAGUUUUUCUUCUUCUGGCUAUCUAACUAUACACCAGAGAACACACACAGGAGAGAUUCUGAGCUGUGAUCAAUGUGGGGAGAGUUUUUCUACUUUUAGACAUCUAACUAUACACCAGAGAACACACACAGGAGAGAAACCUCUUAGCUGUGACCAGAGAUAAUCUGAUAAAAGAUCUCUGAUCAAAUAUCAGAAAAUGUAUAUAUGAAGGAGUUGUGUCAUGAUAUCAAUGAAUUAAUGUCACAAUGUAGAAUGUUUUAACAUUGUAGUAGGAGUGUUUUAAUGUCUCAAUGUAGAAUGUUUCAAUAUAUAGUAUAUUAAUAUACUCUGCAGUCAGUCAGUCAGAAUGUCACAAUGUAGAACCCUAAACGUUUGCCCCCUUAUCAAUUGGUUUCAACAUGAUAUGGAUAUUAGGCUCAUUGGGGGAAAUCCAGGCUCUGAAUUAAAAGAGUACUAUUUAUGUGAUUUAACACAAAGUGACUAACAAAAAAAGAGUUGUCCUCUAACCAGUGAUGUACACAUUAUUUCCAGAAUCAACUUAUUUCAACAUGAUAUCGAUGAGUUAUGACAAAUAAGUGUUGUGUUCCUUUGUUUAGCUACCCCUAAAUUUAAAUGCAUCACUCCAAUAUGUAGCUGACUGUCUUCUGCAGGUUGUCCUCUAACCAGUGAGCUAAAAGAUAUCUCCCAUUUCCAUGUUUUUCUUUUGUUGUUAGUUUCAACAGCACGUACAACCUGAUCUCCCCCCUAAUCGAUAUCAGUGAUUUAUUGCUACUUGUCAAAACAACAGCGUUUCUGGUGCUUGUGCAGUUUAUAAGGAGAUUGUUUUAACAAAAGACAAUUAUUGUGGCAGAUGUUUGUGUAUAUACCACAUGUUAGGUUUUCAAUUUAUCCCAAACUGUUUCUGCAUAUUGGUUAUUGAUUUGGACACGUUAAAACUGUGUUUUGACAUUGGGCUAUCCCUCCUAGCAAAAUGUAAUUGAAAAGCCGUUGAAAAUAAUACUAUGCAACCAAAUAUUUCAUAUUUACAUUUCAUGUAACAUUUAGUAAUGAAAAUUAUUCAUGCAACCAAC